GAAGGAAAAAAUAAAAUCUUAAAAAAAAAAUUAUGUACUCAUUAGAGCUUGAAAGAUAGUGUAAAAUAUUUCCAAAGAGGUAAGAAAUAGGUGAAUUUCCAGAAAAGAGAAAAUAUUCUAGUAUUACAUUGAAUGUGUUAAAAAUCCUUGUUUCCCUUUUUUUCUCCCCGGAGGGUGUGUAGUAAUAUUCUGAGAUUUGUUCUUUUCUUUGGGUUAAGGUGUUCACAAAUGGAAUUCCAGGGUUUAGACUUGAACAGCAGAAGUGUUAAGUAUGAUUACUUGUUUAUAAAACAAUUUCUUGCCAUGGAAAUCAUAAUUAAUAUCAUUAUUUUCUGGAAGUAUUAAAUUCAUGUGGGUUUUUUCGUUAAAGGAGAAAAAUGCCUUACAAUGUUUUUUUGCUCCUUUCCACACAAACAGUGGGUUUGUGUGAAGUUGCUGGAUUGUUCAAACACUGGGUUGUGUCAUUUACAAGAUCACUGUGGUCCGAAGCCAUGUGGCCCAGAGCAGAAGCCUGGGGGAUGCAGACGGACUGGAAGAGCGCCGGGACCCGCCGACACCGGGCUGUCACACCCGCGCCGGCCUCCAGCGCACGCCGCCCCGCCCGGUCCGCCAGAGGGCCCGGCUCCGCCCCCGGUCCCGCGGCCGGGCCACGCCAGGGGAGUCGCCGGCGGCCGAGGGACGAGACGAGCACAGCGUCCGGGGUCGGCCCGCGCCUGUGAAACCCUCACCUGCGUCCACCCUCCCGCUCUGCCCGCGACUGAGCGCGCCGUCGCCCUGACGGUCCUGCAGCGCGACGCGCCGGGCCGCCGCCGGGCGGAUCCGACGGAACAAAGAUGCGGGACCGGCAGUGCGCCGGAAGUGCGCUGGUCGCCAUCUUGGCGUACGGCCGGGCGCAGCGCCGAGAACACGCCGGCGCUCUCUGCUCCCGGGCGGCCUGAGUCGUUCGCUCCGAGGGCUGCAGCAGACCGUCGGGGCAGCGGAAGCAAACCCACGGGCAGGCUCCUCAGCUUGCUUUUUGCCCAUGGCCACGGGCGAGGCCAUCUUGCUUUACGGACCGAUUUGGUGCGCCACGACCCUGCACCGAGCCGCGGGCACCCGAGCCCAUCUGCGCUGCUGCGACGCCCAGGCUACGCCCCACUGGGUGCCGGGGACUUGGUGAGUGCCGAAGUCCGAGGGUUGACCCGGCGGGCGGGCGCCGCGGGGACCAGCUCCCACGUCCCGCAGCCGUGUCGCCGUGUGUCCUCCCUUCGGGGCGGUCCCGCUCGGGGCUUGGGGCGGCGAUGCGAGUGGCGGAGCUUGGUGGCUGUGCGACAGCUCGAGGCCGGAGAUCGUGAUCCGCCGCCGGCCGCAAAGUCCUCCCACCGGCCGGGCAAGGGGGAGAAGUCGCCGUCUCCAUCCACAGGUUCCCCCUCAAAGACUCAAAAUGUCUGAUCCAGUGGUUAAAAGCUGUUCAGAGGGGUAAUUGCACCCCCACUAAGUAUUCUUGCCUCUGUAGUGAACAUUUCACCGGAAACAGCUUCUUCAAAAGGCUUAGGGUCAGUCCUGCAUGCUGAAACCACAGCCCUGCCCUUCGUCUUUAACCUGACUGGGAAGAUGGGGCCUGGAAGCCAUGGCCACCCCAAGAGAAAGGACACCAGGAAGGCCGCGGGGGGCCCGAGGGAACAUGCGAGUGAAGCAGACAAGAAAGGAGCUGCAGGUUCACUGUCGUCCUUGAGUGAAAACCUGAGGGCUGGCCGAGCCUGAGUCCUGCAGGUUGAAGGAGCCGCUCUGCAGGGGGAAACUGCACCCGGGGCUGCCUAGGAAGCCCACCCGUCAGGAGUGGGCGUGCAGGCUCUGGAAGGAACUCCAGGAGACGGUGUGGCCGCCACAGCAUCAGGCAGCCUGGCAGAAGCAAACACGUCUGCUGUAGAUGCUGGCGAUGAGACCCACUUCUCCCGCUGGGGGCCUGCUAGGUAGAAGUGGCAUUUCCGUGGGGGACUUUACCCCCAGGAUUGGGGCGUGCAGAUUUAUUGGGUCAUUUCAUUCUCAGAGAUUCUCCCCUAAGCACACUCGAGAGGGGCCAUCUGUUCACUGAGAGCCUGUCUAGCAAAGGACCUGCAGGGAGACGUGAAGCCCGGCUGCAGCAGGACCAGCCUGGGCCCAACAAGGGCUUGGUCUGGAGCCCCCAAGUUCUCAUUCACGGCGAUGCCUCAGAAGCUGUCCCAGAGCCCCUCUGCCCCUCCAACAGGUGUCACCCCAAAGCCAGCCGUGGAAGCUGUGAGAGUGAGCACAGUGACACCAGCCACACGUCCCUCAACAGGGUCAUCCCGUCAGCAUCAGGGGCCCGAGGACUCCUCGACCUGCUGCUUCACCUCCCGGCAGAACAAGAGCAGGGGUGCUGCCUGCAGGAGCAGGUAGAGAAGAAUGGCGAGCUGGAGACCCUGCAGCAGAGGGGCAGCCGUCCCGACAGCCAGUGGGUGUCUUUCAGCUUUCAGGAACAACCAUUUCAGCCUCUCUUCCUGUAAGUGCUCAGAGGGGACCAGUUCCUGUGUCCUACAUCCCAGCUCGUCACCUUCCGCUCCCCAGCUCAAGACGGUCUGAUCUUAGUUCUGUGUUCUUACUUUCCCCAUCAGGCAACUAUGAUUAGAUGAGUGGAAUCUUACACCAGUCCAUGGGGAAUUGCCUGACGAGCACUGGGUAUGUCAUCUGCCUGAGAGAGCCCUGCCAUCCCCUAAAGGAAGGUAACCUUGCAAUAACCAACCUGCUUUCUUGUCCAGUGUAACUUCCUUGCUCCUGCUCCCUUCUGCCUAUAAAAGUCUUUCAUUUGUACAGCUCCUUGGAGCUCCUUUCUCUCUGCUAGAUUGGAUGCUGCCCGAUUCAUGAAUUGUUGAAUAAAGCCAAUAUGAUAUUUCAAAUCUACGCUGUUGAAUUUUGGUUUGUAACAGUUUGGUGGCAACAGUGGGAUCCGAAGGAGACUUCCAAUGGCUUCGGGGAUGAGAAACAAGGCAUUGGUACCCAUAAGACCUUUGAGUUCUCCUUCGUUUUUGCUGUUUCCAAAAACUGUGGGUUGUUCCUCUUGAAUACAAGAUCCACUGUGUUUGUGUUGAGCUCCCGAUCUAAGUGGUUUUCCAGACCAGGGUUAAGUGGUCAGUCUAGACUCACAGGAUGCUGUAACAGAGCAUGAGUCUUAGCUCUUGGUUACUCCGCAGGCUUAGCAGGUCAGCUUGAGCUGGUACAUGGUUCUACCAGGAGCCUGAGUCCCUGGCCCUUGGUUAGUCCACAGUCCCCAUGUGGUAGGAUUUGCUGGUUCAGUCUGUUGUUCUUGUCAGUGGAGAUGAGUGGAAGAAACGUGUGCUCCAUCCACACCCAGUCCUUGAAAACUUCCCACAUGCGUUUUACAUGCAUUCCCCUCUGUUGACUAUCGAUGAGUUCUGAGGAAAUGGUGAAGGCAGCGUGUGGAGGAAUGGUAGGUUUCUGCAUGACUGCAUGGAAGAGUGCCGCCCCCUCAAUCUGAACAACCAGCCGGCACUUCUAGAAAUGAAAGACAUCCCAUCACC